AUGGCAACAUCACAAACUGAUACUGGUGAACUGUUUUUAAGUCGUCUCUCAGAAACUUUUGUAUGUCGUCCAGGUGAUAAUGUGCUUCUUGAAUGUUAUGUUCGUCAUCAACGUGUUAAAUCCAUUGCUUGGUAUGCCAAUGGUGAACUAAUUGAAGCAAAAGGUUUUCGUAUAUGGCAUCGAUAUCGACCAACAACUGGACAAUGUACACUUCAUAUACGUUCUGUACUCUAUUCAGAUUAUGGUAUAUAUUGUUGUGAAGCAACAAGUAUAGAUGAUUUUGUUGAAAUAUUAGAAAUAAAAUUAAAAAUUGAAAAUCAGGAUAAAUCUUGGACUAAAAUUCCUGUACUUCAUAUGGGUGGGCGUGUAAAGCCAGAAGAUGAAGAUAAAUCGGGUACAAUAUUCUUAAUAUCAAAUAAUCAAAAAUCUCUUAUUGAUGAAAACAUGUUUCCAAUAAAUUGGUAUGAAUUACAUAUUGAUCGACCAUUACUUGAUCCAACAAUAUCGCUUGAACAUACAUCAUUACAAUUAUCAUGUCGUAUUGCUGGUCUUCAUAUUGAUAAAUUUGAAUGGUAUAGAAAUGGAGAAUUAAUUGCUGUUUGUAAUGAAACUCCAUCAUCAUCAUUUAUAACAACAACAAUAACCGGUGAAAAUGAUCGUGGUCUAUUUCAUGCAUCUUAUGAUACAUUACCAGCACAUUUUAUUGCUUUAUUAACUAUUGAAAGUACAACAAAACAACGUCAUGAAGGUACAUAUGAAUGUCAUGCAUCGAAUGCAUAUUAUCAGGUAUCAUCAUCAUGUGAAGUUAUUAUUAAACAAAUUGAACAAGAACCAUUAUCAACUGAUGAAACAAUAUCUUCUCGUUUGAUAACUGAAAUAAAGAAACGUACAGAUGAUGAUCGACAAGAACAAAUACUUCCAAUAGAACCAAAACGUUUUCGUAUUGAUGAAAUAACAAAUGAUCGUCAAAAUCAAUAUUAUCAACCAUUAACAAUUAGUCCUGUUGAAUCACCAUUUCGAACAAUUGGUGAUCAAAGAGUACCUUCAAUUGAUAAUAAAACAGAAACAGCAAAAACUGUGAAGUGGAGUGAGCAAAUAGAAACUUUUCAAAAAAAUCAUUCACCAAGUGAACUUGACACAUUACUUCCACCAAUACCAGAAAUAGUUCCAUCGUCAUCAUCAGAUGAAAGUAGUAGUGUAUCGGCUGGUGAUCUUGAACAAGUUCUUCGUGCACAUUCAUUACUUUUAACACAUCCAAUGGAGAAAAAUGUUGAUACAAGUAGUAGUUCUGAUACUGGCACUGGAUCAUUAGGCAUGUGUCCAGUAUUUUUUCAAUUACUUCCAUCAAAAAUUGAAUGUGAAGAAGGUGAACGUUUAUUAUUAUCAUGUCAAGUUAUGGCUGGUAUACAAUGUCAAAUAAAAUGGUUAAUUAAUGAAAUAAUUAUAUCUGAAAAUAAAUCUCGUACUCGACGUCACUAUAAUCCUGAUACUGGUAUUUGUUUUAUGAUAAUUGAUCCAACUAUAAUUAAUGAUACAGGAAUUUAUCGUUUAAUUAUUUCAAAUCGACAUGGUCAAGCAGAAUCAACAUGUCAAGUUCAAAUUUUAAAUCGUCAAUUACCACCUAUGCCUGAAGAUGAUUUAUCAACUCAUUUAUAUUUUAUUAAACCUUUAUCAUCAACACCAAUAACAUGUCAUGAUGGUGAUACAAUACAAUUAUCAUGUAUUGUACAUGGACGACGACCAAUAUAUAUUCGUUGGUUUAAAGAUGAACAAGAAAUAUUAAUAAAUGAUAAACAACAACAUACACGUCAGAUUUAUUUUGAUUCUUUAACGGGUAAAUCAACAUUAACUAUUCACGAUAUUUAUCCAAAUGAUAGUGGAAUAUAUCGAUGUGAAGCAAAUAAUGAACAAGAAAAAAUCAGUACAACAACUACGGUUAAUGUAACACGUAUGUAUAAUAAAAAUAAAGAAUAUUAUUCUAAUUGUUUUAUAUUUCUAGAUUAUCAUUAUGAAGUAGAUAGUGAAAUAUCUUCAGCAUCAUUUGCAUCAAGUCCACCAAGUGAUCAUGAAGAUAUAACAGAAUUACAAUCAUCUCGAUCUGUAGAUGAAAAAACUUUAUAUGAAGAAUCACAUCGUCUUGUUGAUGAAUUAGAUGCUCGUAUUGCUGAUUUAUCUAGUGGAACUACAACGACUAUUGAAGAUGUACGACAACAAUCACAACAUGGUAAAAUAAUUUGUUUUUUUUUUCUUUACAUUUUUCUUAAAAAUAAUUAG